UUUACUAAACACAGUUUUUUGUGUGUGCGAAAUAACAGGUUAAGUGUAUUAUAUGAUGUACUUUAUAUUGCACUGAUGUAUGACCAUAUGUAUGUAAACAUAACCAUGGACAUAUACGAAUGUAAGUUAGGUUAGUAAACAGCUGCAAUUCGGAAAAGUUUAUGUUUUCAUAACCACGUUGCUACGAAAGUUAUAUUAACGUAUAUUAUUAUAUCAUAGAUAUACAUAAACAAAUAUUUUCUGGAAGCAUGCUUAGCGAUGAAAUUGAUAUAAAGACAGAAAUUGUCGAUAAUAAUUAUAAGAAAGAAACAAACAGCAAUGACAUCACGGACCCAAUAGAAAGCAUAUCUUGCAAUAAUAUUGAUAUAAAGAAAGAAAUUGUUAAUAAUAAAUACGAUGACAUCACAUUUCUAGCGAGAAAAAUAAGAGAAAAGGAAGCAACUUCUAAAGAGGAAUCAAUUAAAUUAAGUAAGUUAAAAGUAAAAUUAAUACAUGAAGUACCACUGCAACACAAAAUUGAAGUACGUUCAGGAACUCAUUCACCUAGUCGCGAAGAAUUGGAACGAUUUAAGGCUAUAACAGGGUUAAAGAAAGGUUGCUUUUCGUCACAGGAGGAUGAUACAAUUGUUCAUAAUUGGAAACAAUUUUGUAAGUUACACGAUUGGAAUGAACGAAAUUCUAGAGCAUUUUUAAGUCUGAAAGUUAGCAAUGGCAAGAGAUAUAUAUGUAAGAAGAAGGAACUGAAAAAGUUUGUACAAUUUUUAGCAAAUGGUCUACCAAAUCGUACAUUAUUCAGCAUAUACCAUAGGUUUAAAACUUUAUACAGCUCACAUGUAAAUAAAAGAUAUACACAAGAAGAGAAUGAAAUUAUAUUGAAUUAUAUGGAUCAGAAACAAUACAUUGACGAAAAACGAAAAUUCGUUGAUUUAGCAAAGGUCUUAAAUAGAAGCAGGGCGUCCGUUUGGCGUCAUUAUCAAUUAUUAAAAAAUAAACGUAAAGAUGAAAGUGAAUCCGAUUGAUAAAAUUAGAAGUGACUUAACAAUGUUUCUACCUCCAAUUUUGUAAAAUAAUAAAACGAACAAUACUCCAGUACUUUUGUGAAAAAAAGUUUAUCUGUCUUUUAUUGAUAGUAUCAAAUAUUUUCUUUUCAAAUAAUAUACAUUGUAUAUACUUUAGAACUUAACAAUCACAAUUACAUGUAUCUGUUUCUCUUAACAGAUAGAUUAACUUCGUUAAGUUUAACUGUUUGUAGAGUAUUAUUUUAAAAAAAUAAUACUACGCAUUUCAAAUUGAAUGUUCUAUAUUUUAAUAAAUCAUUAAUG